GCCUUUGGCUAUAAUCCUGGCACGUAUUUGGUUGGCUGUUAUGGUACCAGCAACUUAAACGCGCCAAAAAUCUUCUCGUCUCUCUUUUCCAGCAGUUGCCAUGGCAUAUGCGACUGCAAAUCUUCUUCAUUUCUCAACCCCUCGUAUCCAAUUCAGAAACCCUUAUUCUUCAAGAACCCUAAAAAUUGUCAACUUAGUAUCACCUUUACCAUCAUCAUCAUUUUCAAUUUCACCCCGGCAACAAUUGAAGUUAUUUCGACCUAAUUUCACCAACUCUGGAAGAAAAAGAUUUCAUUUCUCCACAGAAGCUUAUGUAGCUGCUCCAGCUUCUGAUUCAAACAUCAACAGUGAACCAAAACCAGAAGAAUCAAAUUCUUCUUCAUCAGAUACUAAUCGUUCUCCAAAUGUUAUCAGUUGGGGUCUUAUUUGGACUCUUAUGCUUCGGCAUAAACUCCGCCUUGCGAUAUCGAUUGCUACUCUCAUUGGUUGCACUACUUGUACUCUUUCUAUGCCAAUCUUUUCAGGACAAUUUUUUGAAGUACUAAUUGGAGCGAGGCCGGAGCCUUUGUGGAAGUUGCUUAGUAGAAUUGGAGUUCUUUACAUUAUGGAGCCAAUUUUCACUAUUUGUUUUGUAAUAAACAUGACUACUAUUUGGGAGAAUGUGAUGAUAGCAUUGAGAGGCCGCGUUUUUCGAAGAAUUUUGAUUCAGAAGGCAGAGUUUUUCGAUCGGUACAAGGUUGGUGAACUGACUGGGUUGAUAACAUCUGAUUUGGGUUCAGUAAAAGAUGUCGUUAGCGAAAACACUUCACGUGAUCGAGGUUUUAGGGCACUUUCUGAGGUUGGAGGUACAAUAUGCAUUCUUUUUGCCCUAUCUCCCCAACUUGCUCCACUUCUCGGUCUACUGACGCUUUCUGUGUCAUUUUUUGCUGCUAUAUACAAGAGGUCAACUAUACCUGUCUUCAAAGCACAUGGGAAGGCCCAAGCAUCGAUAUCCGACUGCGCAAGUGAAACCUUUUCAGCUAUUCGCACUGUCAGAUCCUUCAGUGGUGAAAAGCGUCAAAUGUCAAUGUUUGGAAGUCAAAUUCUAGGUUAUCAGGCUAGUGGCAUAAAGCUUGGAACUUUCAAAUCAGCAAAUGAGGCUGUGACAAGAGUUGUGAUCUACAUAUCUUUGUUGGCUCUAUAUUGUCUUGGUGGAAGCAAAGUAAAGGCGGGUGAAUUAUCUGUUGGAGUCAUGGCGUCUUUUAUUGGAUACACGUUCACUUUGACUUUUGCUGUUCAAGGGUUGGUUAACACAUUUGGCGACCUACGUGCAACUUUUGCUGCUGUGGAGCGGAUCAAUUCUGUCUUAUCUGGGACAGAAAUUGAUGAAUCCCUUGCUUAUGGCUUAGAAAGAGAACUCCAUAAAAAAGAAGGCUCUAGUGGGAAUCUUGAAUUAUUCUACGAUAAUGAUUUCACUGAGAAAAAUGUAGCUCUAAAUGAGCAUUACAUGUCAGCGCUGAAGUCAUCUGGUAAUGGGUGUGGUGUAGCUUGGAACGGCGAUAUUAGUCUUGAAGAUGUUCACUUCUCUUAUCCUUUGAGGCCUGAUGUUGAAGUCUUAAACGGUAUUAACCUAACACUUAAAUGUGGUACCAUAACUGCUCUGGUGGGCUCCAGUGGUGCAGGGAAAAGUACAAUCGUUCAACUAUUGGCUCGUUUCUAUGAGCCAACCAAAGGUCGCAUAACUGUAGCAGGAGAGGAUGUAAGAACCUUUAAUAAGACUGAAUGGGCUCGUGCAGUCUCUAUAGUGAAUCAGGAACCUGUCCUCUUCUCGGUUUCUGUUGGAGAAAACAUUGCUUACGGCCUUCCAGAUGAUGACGUUUCCAAAGAGGAUGUGAUAAAAGCAGCCAAGGCUGCAAAUGCACAUGACUUCAUUAUUUCCCUUCCACAGGGUUACGAUACACAAGUAGGUGAACGUGGAGGCUUGCUGAGUGGAGGGCAGAGACAGAGAAUAGCCAUUGCUAGAGCUCUACUCAAGGAUGCACCAAUUUUGAUACUGGACGAGGCCACCAGUGCUUUAGACACUGUAAGUGAGCGCUUGGUCCAGGAUGCUCUUAACUUAUUGAUGAAGGGGAGAACCACACUGGUGAUUGCUCAUCGAUUAAGCACUGUUCAGAACGCCCACCAGAUUGCUCUCUGUUCUGAUGGGAAAAUCGCAGAGUUGGGUACUCACUUUCAGUUAUUGGCAAAGAAGAAGGGUUUGUACGCAUCGUUGGUUGGGACUCAACGCCUUGCAUUUGAGUGACUGGAAAUGACAGUCUCUCUCUUUUCUGCUGCGACGAGCAUAUCUGCAAGUCUGCAAACGCAAGCCUAAAAGUGUGUUGCAAGUGUUCUUUGUUAUUUGGGUUCAAUUCUGUAUAAUAUUCCAUAGUCAUAGUCAACAGUACCAUCCUAUUCUAUGCACCACAAAAUACUACACUGUAAAAGAUAUUAUCAUGACAAGUUUCAUGCUUGCAAAGUUUUACUUGACAGAACAAAAGAUAGAAAAGAAGAAAAAGAAAAAAAACAGUUAAGUUCCUCGAUUCAUGUAAAGUUGUCAGAGAUCUUGCAUUUGAUUCAUGUAAACUUAAAUGCUAAACAUACUAGCAUAUCUAAAGCUGCUAGUACUUGUUUUCUGAACA